AGUUAUUAAAUUCAAUGUUGUUUGAAAACCCAAACCUAACACGUGCGUGUAUCAUGUCUGUUUUACUAGUUGAGUGUUGUGUUUAUUGAUUCAAAUUUUCUUAUUUUAAUACAACUUAUUUGUUUUGUAUGGUUUUCUACAAUUGACGAUCCUAAACAACAACCAAUAUGUUGGUUUUAUUCGAAACUUCUGCUGGAUACGCUAUAUUUAAGUUACUGGACGAAAACAAAUUAAAAAAUGUCAGUGAUUUGUACAGUCACUUCGAAUCACCAGAAGCAACGACUAAAAUCAUAAAGUUAAAACAUUUUCAAAAAUUUGAUGAUACCACAGAAGCUUUAGCGUCAGCUGCUUCCUUAAUUGAAGGAAAAUUAUGCAAAUCUUUGAAAAAAGUAAUCAAAUCACAUGUCAAUAGUAGUGAUUCAUUAAUGGUUGCUGACCCAAAAUUGGGUGCAGCUAUUAAAGAAAAAUUCAAUAUCAGCUGCGUUUCAAGUUCUUCUGCAGCAGAUUUGUUACGAUGCAUUCGGUCUCAGUUUGAAAAUUUAUUAGUUGGCCUUCCUAAAAAAGACUUGACAGCUAUGUCUUUAGGUCUUGCCCAUAGUUUGUCACGAUAUAAGCUAAAAUUUAGCCCAGAUAAAAUUGAUACAAUGAUAGUUCAAGCAAUUGGUUUAUUGGAUGAACUUGAUAAAGAAGUAAAUAAUUACAUAAUGAGAUGUAGAGAAUGGUACGGUUGGCAUUUCCCAGAGCUUGGAAAGAUUCUUACAGACAAUUUAGAAUAUGUUAAAACCAUCAAAACACUUGGUAUGAGAGAAAAUGCCAAAUCAAUAGAUUUAUCUUCUAUUUUAAGUCCCACUUUAGAGGAUCAAGUUAAGACUGCUGCAGAAAUAUCUAUGGGAACUGAGAUUGCUGAAGAUGAUAUACAACAUAUAGUACAAAUGUGUGAUGAGAUAUUAGAUAUCUCAACUUACCGAACUUCGCUAUCUGAUUAUUUAAAGUCUCGAAUGAUGGCUGUAGCACCCAAUGUAACAGUACUUCUUGGUGAUUUAGUUGGAGCUAGAAUGUUGGCCCAAGGAGGGUCUUUAGUAAAUGUUGCUAAAAUGCCUGCAUCUACAAUUCAACUUUGUGGAGCUGAAAAAGCAUUGUUUAGAGCUUUGAAAAAAAAACAUGAUACACCUAAAUAUGGUCUUAUUUAUCAUUCCAGCUUGGUUGGUCGAGCAACUGCUAAAGUUAAAGGAAGGAUGUCUCGUAUGUUAGCAGCAAAAGUUGCUCUUGCUGCACGUUUUGAUGCAUUUGGUGAAUCUGAAACAAUUAAUUUAGAUUUGGGUACUAAUCAUUUGGCUAAUUUAGAAUAUAAACUUCGCCUUAUGGAAGAAGGUUCUAUGACAAGAAUAAGUGGAACAGCUAAAGCUAAAGCUAAAUUUGAAAAAUAUCAAGUUAAAAGAGAAAUAGUACAGUAUUCAGCUGCAGCUGAUUCUACUAUUCCUAGCAACAAACGUAAAAUCGAAGAUGCAGACAUAAAAGAAGAAUAUUCAGAGGUUGCAAAAGAUAUCAAACAAGAAUCAGAAGGUCAACAACCUCCAAAGAAGAAGAAGAAAAAAAAUAAGGAACAAACUAAUGGCGAGGAUAAGUCCAUUAAUAAUGGUGCUGAUAUUUCAAUUAAAAGUGAACAAGAAUCAAUAUUGACUCAGGAACAAACGCCUAAAUCUAAAAAAAAGAAGAAGAGAGAACUUCAAGAAGAGCCAGUAGAAGAAGAGAAUGUAGUUGUAAGUGCUACUAAAAAGAAGAAGAAGUCAGUUGUUGCCGAUACUUCAGUUACUGAAGUAGUUACUGAAUCAGGAAAAAAGAAAAAGAAAAAUAAGAGUCAAAUAGAGGAAACUGAGGCUAUUGAAAAUUCUCCCAAAAAAAAGAAGAAAUCCAUUGUUGCUGAUAUUUCAGUAGACGAAGUAGUUACUGAAUCUGGUAAAAAGAAGAAGAAGAAGAAGAAAGAUCAAUAAUUUAUUUAAUUUUU